CAUGAGGUUACUUAAUUUAUUCGCUUUUGCUAUGUUGUUGUCUGGGGUGUUGGCAACAACCCUUCAUAGCUACGAUAUCACUUACAGAGGUAUAAGCAUGAAUAUAACCUUCGGUAACGGUAAUAAAGCAGAUGUCAUAGCACAUGCACAACGUCGUUGUGACAGAGUACUCGUUGGACCAUCUCCUAUUAAUGCGACAACCAGGAGACUUAAAGCUCGUAUAAACACUGGUACGAAAUUAGGCACUAUAAAAACUACAGCCGGAACAUUAGUUACUGUAGGUACAUCUAUUGUUACUACAGUAUAUAAUUGGUUUGAAUCUAACUGGGCAUCUCAUCAAUAUUUAAGCUCUACAAAUUCAUGGGAUCUUUCUGAAACUUGGGAUGAUGUUGCUAGUGGUGUUGACUUAGAAGUUGGAGUAUGGAUCUUUAAUCCCUAUCAGUUGUCUACAGACACUUGCGCCCAAUGGGUUAAAUCGGUUGUUAGUGUAGCUGUAAAAACAGGUCUUAAUACUAAUGCAGUUAUUUAUGCUACUGAUGGUGUUACUAAAGUCGGAAAUAUCGACGCCACAUGGUAUGGAAGCGACUAAAAUGAAAUCAUAUAUUAGCAUAUUACUUUUUAAAAAUGUGGACAAAAGGAAUAAUAAAGAAAUCAGAUAAAGUUCAACAAGCAAGAUUUGAUCUAAAUGAUAACUAUGAUGGAGAACUAAUACGUAAAACUCUAAAAAAAAGCGAUGCCGAAUUACUUGAUUUAAUAUCAAAAAUUAUCAAAAAUGUCAGAAUAUGUUGGUUAUCCAAUGAAAUGCAUGACAUCAAUAAUUAUAUAGAAGGUUUGGGUCUAGAAACACUC